CACUGAAAGCCGUCUUUAUGCUUCCAUCAGUAGUAACACACCCACUAACACACAUUCAUUCACACACGUACGCACUCAGGGAGCGCGCACACACACAAAGCAGACGUAGAUAAUCCAUCGCUGUUACAGACUCACAAAACCGCACUACUAAAUUCAAUUGUAUACACACACACACACGCACACACUAACAGACACACAUAUAUAUAUAUAUAUUUAUAUAUACAUACAGAGGAAAACCAGUCGCUGAGAUUGCAAGACUCGGCUUGCCUUGCUCGUAAAGAGCAGAAGUACAAACCUAUAUGGGAAGACCGUGAGAAAUAUCCCAUACCUAUAUACAUAAAUAUAAAAAGGAAGGGAAUUUUCUGCCCUUUCCUAUGGAUUGUCUUCUUUGGAUGUCUUACCCUGAUUAUUGUCCCUUCUAUGAUAUGCAACUGAAGUCAAUGAUGUGGUCAGCCAACUCCAGUGAAAAAAUGCUAAAAUGCUGAGGUUAUCUUUACGGAAAUGUGUCACCGGCGGCAUAUUGAUAUGCUUCCUGGCCGGCAUACUUUUGGGGUUCCGUUUCAUCACCCGGAACCCCGAGGAGGCAUACAGACUGGCUGCUGGUAUUGGUGACAAAAGCAAGAGGGGUGGCAAUGACGACUGGAAGUUUCAGGAUGAGAACUCUUUUGGUAACCAGUCUGCGACUCAGUCGAAAAAUCUCAUGCUGAAGAAGAUGCUUGACUUCCGAGCCAAAAUGCAACAAGAGAGGGUUCUGAAAGCAAAGAUGCGGGCCAAUCUAACAGCACAUAAUCACUUCACGCCGGUGCCAUUCGAUGAAAACGGUAUGAACUACAAUGUCCACGUUUUCUACUACAUGUGGUAUGGAAACCCUAGCUAUGAUGGCAAGUACUUUCACUGGAACCACCGUUUACUGCAGAAUUGGAGAGAAAAGAUCAGACGUAAGACCACGAGGCGCCAUUUCCCACCUUUAGAUAUUGCCUCUAAUUAUUACCCCGAGUUGGGACCUUACAGCUCUUCAGACUCUGAGGUAUUGUCCAUUCACAUGCAGGAAAUAAGAGAUGCUAAAAUAGGCUGUAUUGCAGUUUCAUGGUACCCUCCAGGACUUGCUGAUGAGGAAGGCCAACCUCCUGAUAGACUGAUGCCCAAACUAUUUCAUUCUGCUUCGAAACAUAAUCUGAAAGUGAUACUACACAUGGAGCCAUAUUUUGGCCGGAAUCAUACCACUUUCCGAAGAGAUAUUAUCUAUAUCAUGAAUGAAUAUGGUGACCACCCUGCUUUGUAUAAGAAAUUUUAUCGAGGAAAAUGGCUUCCGAUGUUUUACAUCUAUGAUUCUUAUCGCAUCUCUCCGAAACACUGGAGUGAAAUCUUCCACACCAACAAGCGAUAUACUCUUCGAGAUUCUAAGUACGAUGCUAUUUAUAUUGGUCUUGCUCUUGAAGAAAGCCACUUGCUUAGCCUGAAGAACGCUGGGUUUGAUGGCUUCUACACAUAUUUUGCCACUGAUGGCUUUACUCAUGCUUCUUCGUGGAACUUUUGGCCAGAAUAUGCCCAGUUUGCCAAAAAGCACAGCAUGUUUUUCAUUCCUAGCGUGGCCCCAGGAUAUAUUGAUCUCCAGGUCCGGCCCUGGAAUGGUGAAAACAAACGAGAACGUGAAAAUGGCAAAUACUACGAAAACAGUUUCAAAGCUGCUUUCAACGAGCUCCCUGAAUUUCUUAGUAUCACCUCAUUCAAUGAAUGGCAUGAAGGCACCCAAAUCGAACCAGCUAUCCCCAAGACAUUUGAUACUUACCAUUAUUUAGAUUAUGAAGAAAAUGGCAAAGAUUUCUACUUGAAAUUAACCUUGCAGUAUGUUAAGAAAUAUCGCCGUUUACUCCAUGAAGCAAAGAUUAGUGCCCAACUUGCUAAAGAAAGGAAAAAUGUUGUGAAAAACAAUUUGAAUAAAACAUAUCAGUCCGUUAUGACGCCAGUCAGAAAUCUGCCGAAACGACUUCAUAAGGAACCUUGAUGAUUUUUUUCCAGAAUUUUUAUAUACUUGUAUACAAAGUAAUCACGCACAGGUACUUUUUUCCUAAGCAUACAUAGG